UUGUUUUGCCUUUUUGGUGUACAAUUGUUUUGAAACUUUUGUGGUAAUACACAAUUUUAGUAUUGUCUCUAUGAACUUGUGGCUUGGCCGGUGACAGUCUCACCAUGGCACCAUAUGAAUAUAAGUAUACAAAACUGAAAGACCUCCAAGUUGGCGACAGAUACAAUGUUUAUGGAAUUAUAACCGAAAUUUUGAAGGAAAAGGGCCUCACUUCAAAGGGUAAAUUGCAUUCAAUUUGUAGAGUGAAAGAUGAGAGUCUACCAGCCAAUUCUUCUUUUAAAAUGCAUUUUUUCAUCCCGUCUCAUCACCGUCUUGAUGGACUUAUGCCAGGAAAUAUUCUACGCCUUCAUCGGUUAAAGGUUGAAGAAUAUCAAGGAGCAAUAGAUGGCCGAGUGCUUAGUGGCACUGAUGUUGUAACAUUUUCAAGUAUACCCCAGGAUAUAACGUAUCACUCAGAAGCCAAAACUAUAACUUUAACUGAUGAUGAUAAAAAAAGAUUGGAAGAAUUACGAGAAAUGAUUCAAUUAGAAAAGAUAUUUGCAGAUGAAUCAUCCAUCUUGACUGUUACUGAAAGCCAAAGAAUUGUAUUCAAGGGUUAUGAGCAACAUAAAAGCCCUUCAAAGCAGAAUGGAAAUAAAAACAAAAGUGAUGGUGAAGAUGUAGAUGACCCGGAGGAGGAAGAUACAGAUCCCAACUUAAAACGAGGACAAACAACAAGAUUACUUAACCCUGCAUGCAAGAUUCCAAAAUUGGUUGCCAAUCCUUUACACAACAGUUUUCAGUCAAGAAAAAGAAAAAGUUAUGAAUUAAAUCAGAAUCAGAGUGACCAAAAUCAGCCACAGGUGAUCAAUGAACCCUCAUCGUCCUCCAAGAAGGUUGUUGGUGUUGAAAGUACCGUGAACAGCAAGAAACCCUUCAGUUUGGAACAUGGUCGUCAGAGUUCAAGCAGAGUAAAACGUCAAAGUGAGCUAGUGCCAAAAUCAGUUACGAGUAAUGAUUGCCAUUCAGGCCAGGAGCCUAGCAUAGACUGUCAACUGUCUUCCAUGUUUGGACAGCCAGCUCAGAAUUCUAAACAAAGCCCUAAUACAAAGACAAAUACUGCAUGUGGUAAAGGCAAUAAAGCCCAAAUUACUGAAGCAAAUGAUUGCCUUUCAGACCAGGAGCCUAGCAUAGAGUGUCAACUGUCUGCCAUGUUUGGAGAGCCAGCUCAGAAUUCUAAACAAAGCCCUAACCAGACAAAUACUGCAUAUAGUAAGGGCAAUAAAGCCCAAAUUACUGAAGCAAGCACCAGUAUGAAAAAUAUUGCAAAUGAAAAGGACAAAGAUGUGGCGCUGUCAGAAGAAGAAUGUCCUGGCUUGUCAUGUGGGGGAAAAGAUUGUUUUCUCGAAGGUUUAGUAUUACUAAAAGAUGAUGAUCCAAGACUUGCUAAUUUUAAUGAAAAUGACCUAGUUUGUGAAGGUCUCGGAGACAUACCAGCAGCAGAUGAAGAUGGAGAUACUUUUACAGUUGAAGGUGUAAUGCCUUUUGGAGAUGGUUCCAGGGCCAAAGAAAUUACUGUAAGUGAUUUGUUGCAAUUUCAAUGGCCAAGGCACAGGUGUAAAGUAAAAAUUGUUAAAAUUAAACCUAGUAUCAAAUGUUUAAAUACAAAUGGGCCUAGAAAUUUGUUAAGUGGAGUAUGUCUUCAAUGUGGAAGAUAUUCUUUCUAUUCUCAACUUAAAUGGCAAAAAGUUCCCGCUCUUGGAACAAAGAAGCCGCUUUGCCCUUUCUGCAAAAAAGAUGAAAAAGUUUCUACGGUUUACUUAGAGUUCAGAAUUAAGUUAACUGUUCAAGAUUCUUGGGGCACAAGCUUGGAUGUGCAUGCUGUCAAAAAUCAUGCUUCAAAUUUUCUAGGUUGUUCUACCAAGCAGUAUCAAGAGGAAGAAAGAAGUCGAAAGAGAGUGGUAGAUCUUUUAUCAAAUGCUCUGUAUUCUAAAUCUAUUUUUACUAUUACACUGUUCCGAAUGCAAACUGUAACCAAACCAAUGUUUUAUGUAUGUGAAACAAAGUUAUCUGAGGUACUAUCUGAGGCCGAACGAAUGCGGGUUUAAAACUAUGUGUCUAUGGCUCUUAUAAUUAAGACAAUUGUGCUUUCUAUUA